AGGAAUUGGGCAGCCAGCUGUUAGCCCAUCCAGGUUCCAGUCUCCGCCUCCCUAUAGAAGUGACUGCUUCCUGCCUAAGUCCUGUCACCUCUGCAAAUUCGGUCCGAGCACUGAGUAGUAAGAACAAUGGCAGCCCGGCUAAGGUUUUUGGGAAAAUCUGUUCAACAGCUAAAUGGCAUCAGUGGCAAGCAUGUCUCUGGUACAGCUAGAGCCGCCUCAGUGCCUGCCAGGUACCAGCACACCCAGCCCAAAUCCAGUGAUGAGAGGCCACGCUUAGAAACUUCUCAAGCCAAGUCUUUAAUGGACAUAGGCACAAGGCGCAUCUUUAGCUCAGACCAUGACAUCUUCAGAGAAAGCGCAAGAAAAUUCUUUCAGCAGGAAGUGGUCCCCUACCAUGCUGAGUGGGAAAAGGCAGGACAAGUUAGCCGGAACCUAUGGGAGAAAGCUGGGCAGCAGGGUCUCUUGGGUACCAGUACCCCUGAAGAGCAUGGUGGCAUCGGUGGUGAUAUUCUGUCAUCUGCCAUUGUAUGGGAGGAACAGAUGUACGUGAACUGCACAGGCCCUGGUUUCAGUCUGCACUCGGACAUUGUAAUGCCUUACAUCUCAAGAUAUGGCAGCAAGAGCCAAGUAGAAAAAUAUAUUCCUCAAAUGACCGCUGGCAAAUGUAUUGGGGCUAUAGCUAUGACUGAGCCAGGCGCUGGCAGUGAUUUACAGGGUGUUAGAACAAACGCCAAGAAAGAUGGAAGCGACUGGAUACUUAAUGGCAGUAAGGUGUUUAUUACUAAUGGCUGGAUGAGUGAUGUAGUGAUUGUUGUUGCUGUCACAAACCGUGAGGCCCGCACCCCUGCUCAUGGCAUCAGCCUUUUCCUUGUGGACAACGGAACUAAAGGUUUCGUUAAGGGGAGGAAACUGGAAAAAAUCGGCCUGAAGGCGCAGGACACAGCCGAAUUGUUUUUUGAGGAUGUACGGCUUCCUGCUGAUGCUUUAUUGGGACAGGAAAAUAAAGGAUUUUAUUACUUAAUGGCAGAACUUCCCCAGGAAAGGUUACUGAUUGCAGAUAUGGCUCUCGCUAGCUGUGAAUUCAUGUUUGAGGAAACCAGGAACUAUGUGAAACAGAGAAAAGCUUUUGGAAAGACUAUUGCACAUUUACAGACUGUACAGCACAAGCUGGCUGAGUUGAAGACACAGAUCUGUAUUGGUCGUACCUUCCUGGACAACUGUCUCCAGCUUCAUGCAGAGAAACGUUUAGACUCCGCCACAGCUUCCAUGGCAAAAUACUGGGCAUCUGAUCUGCAGAAUUCUGUGGCAACUCAGUGUGUCCAACUUCAUGGAGGCUGGGGAUACAUGUGGGAGUACCCAAUAGCAAAAGCUUAUGUAGAUUCUCGCGUUCAACCAAUCUAUGGUGGCACCAAUGAGAUCAUGAAGGAACUUAUUGCCAGAGAUAUUGUAAAAGAAAAGUAGCCUUUCACUGAAAUUCUGUUCUUCAACUCUGCCUUAAUGUUUUCAUGUGCCAUUUUUCCACAUUUUCAUAUAGGUUUCUUAAUUUGUUGAGCAAAAUGAUCAUAAACACAUGGUUCCUUUUUGCGGUUACGGUUGUAGAAAAAGAAUCUCAAAUCCUGACAGUUUGCCAGUGGACUGGGUGGCUUUUGAGUUUCAUUUUGAAUUCUUUUCUUUGUAAAUCUCUCUGGUAACUGAAGGAUUAAAGUCUAGAUCUCACUCAAACUAAGAGGAGGCAGCAGCAGCAAGGAAUAUUUCAUGCCAGAGGAAAUUGUUGCUAAACCAUAGCAAUCCUUUAACAGCAUGUUCUUUUAAAUUGAAAGGUAUUAACAAGAUAUUAGCUGAGGCUGAAAUAAAGUGGACAUCUACACUGAAAUACUUUAAGUAUGAUGUUGACAGUAGUGAGAAAGUCAGUGGUUGGUCUUUUUGUGUGUGUUUGUGUGUCUUAAGAAUUAUUUAACUUUAGUUCUGCAGCCUUUCAGUUUGGUAUUUGCCAGUGGUUCAGCUGGCAGCCUGGAUGGUAGAUACCAGGGCUAGUGAAAAAUAUAAGUAUUUAAAAUUAUAAUAAUCUAUUCUAACUAUUAUAUGCUCUUUCUAGCAAAUAGGGUAAACCACCAGGGAAGUUACAUACAGUAUGUGUUGUGGCAUUUUCAGAUUACAAAGUGAAAGACUUUUUCAUUAGUGUAACUUAUAAUAAUAAUAAUAUUAAGAAUAACUCCUAGCAAGAUUCAAGCACAUGUGGAUAUUUUUCAGACUGCAUUUUCUAUAUUGGAACUGUGACUAAAUAUGGAAGGAUGCCAGUCCUGUUAGUUCUUGGCUUGAAAACUAUUUUUGGGGGGACUGAGAAACACCAGUAAUAGCUCCUACAGGCAGUUUGCAUUACAAUCAGCUGGAGGUGGCAGGGGUGGUUUUGGGUUAAGAUAUACUGGCAGAAAAAUGCUCACGUACAAUUUUAUUUGGCUCCAAAUUCAGCUUGUUAUAGAAGCUUCACACUAUAGGGAAGCUAGUGAUUUCUGAAUAUAAAAAUAUUUCUGAGUAUAAAGGUUUCUUUUGUGGGUCAGGAUAAUAUUGUUUUGACUGUUAAGUAACAUUUGAGCCUUAAAAUCUUUCUCUCUGUGUAAUGCAUGAGUAACCAUGCAGUAUCUCAAUCACCAGUUAGUGCCUGCAGGUAUAUUAAACCAAGGUUCCGCUUGGCUUCUGGUCAACUCAGGGCUGUAGAAUGAAUUUGUUCUUGUUGUCCAAAUGAUAGUAAACCAAAUCCUGACCUCUGUGAAAUCCAUGUUUUGUAAAUGAUAACAUUAAUUGGAAUAAUUUUUCAAUAAAGUAAGUGAACAAUG